UCACAUUUCACGCUGAAACCAAGCGAACACUGGGCGCACACACACGCUGGGCUCACCAUAUUAUCGACAGAUCCGAGUCAGGAGUACCGUCGAUGAGAGCGCAUUGUAGUGACUAAAAGCUCUUCUGUGAGAGGAAACGAGAGGAAAACGCAGAAAAAAAGAAACCGAGGAAAUCCCCCAAAAGGAAAUGCCAAUCGCAGCCGCUGGACAGCCAACGACUCAGGAGCCUAGAGUUUGCCCCCGGCUGCCCUCCACCCCGGAGCCUGUCCCUAAAGGGGCUGAUUUAUUCGACGAGGCGGGGGCGGCGGAGUCGGCGGAGCGAACAGAGUACGGGGGCGCGGAGGGGGGCAGAGGACUCGGGGGCUAUAGUUACAGCCAUAGCGGCGCUAGGGGCUUUGUGCAGCCCGGUUCCACCAACGGUUCUCCGCCGCAGUCCCCAGCCGCGUCCUCUUCUUUUCUCUUCCAUCCACUUCACCCCCACCAAAUGGCCAUGGAGCCCCCAAGGACUCGAUCGCGUUCUCGGUCUGGAUAUUACCAACAGUACGGUGGUGGGAAUGGCAAUGUAAUUACCGGCAGCGGAGUCAUGGGAUCUAACCAUCAUCACAUCCACCACCAGCAGCAGCAGCAGCAGCAGCAACUACAUCCACAGCAGCAACACGGUGCCGGUUGCGCACCACUUGGAGCUCACAGCAACCACCCGGAGAACCAGCCGCGAGCCCCAGGAAGUAACUCCUCUCCCGGCACUCAGAGGCUUCCUUCGGUUCCCGGAGCGCACCGCAUCCCGGCGGCAGGAGCCUCUGGCGGGUCCUACCACUGCCACCCAGAUCAUGCAUAUGGAGAGGAAAGUGAUAAGAGUGAGGAAAGCCCCAGUCCAAAGCGCCAGAGGCUGUCCAGUCAGUCUGUCUUGGAACAGCUAACCUCAUCCGUACCCCCACCAUCCACCCCAUCUCCCCCCAUCCGCCCCUGGGAGUCAGGACCCCCAAGUCGGAGACAACCUCACCCCCACACGCACUACCACCAGGAGAGAUGCCUUACUCCUGCUCGUCACAGACGCAGCCCGCCAGCAAGGCGUCAGCGCGGCCGUCUCUCCAGACCCACCCGUCACUUGCCUCCCCAUCAACACCCCCCUACCCAAGCCCCCGCACCUCGCCUGUCGCCAUCAGAGCACCAGGAUGAAAACUACCACCACAACACCCAUCCAGCAACACACCACACAUACCCCCCCCACACACCCAGCGCCUAUGGUCAGCCUUCCACAGCCGGAGGAGCAGUGGCAGGUUUGGAGGAGCCCCGAGCUUUCCACCCGCCCACCUUGUCGCCACGACUACUGCACCCAGCUGCUCACCAUCACCACCUUCACCAUCAUCAUCAGCAACAGCAUCAUGCAACACAACCGCAGCAAGGAGCCAUGGUCCUGGACUUACAUGAACAACUGCAGCAAGCCAGUGUACCAGUCUCCUACACCGUGACCCCAGUCCCUCCACACAGUCUGGCAGCACCUUUGUGUAACGGCCAGCACCUUCCCCCUACCUGUUCCUCACAACAACAAGUCCCUGCCUGCAGUGUGGUCUUCAGCACUGGACAGCACUACCACCCGAUGCUACAAGCAUGCUCAAUGCAACAUUUGCCGGUGCCCUAUGCCUUUCCCUCGCUGCUGUCCGGUGACCCUCAGUUCCUGCUUCCCCAUCCACCCCACCUCUCUCACCACCCGCCCCACCUCCCCGCACCCACACAGUUUCUGCCUUUCCAGACGCAACAGCCACGAUCGCCCCUACAGAGGAUUGAAAAUGAAGUUGAGCUUCUGGGAGAGCAGCUUUCAGUUGGUGGAGGCUUCAGCUACGCCCACCACCACCACCACCACCACCACCACCAGCCUCCCUCCGCCCUGCCGCCCUCCACACCACUCCAGUUCCUCUCGCACCAUGACCCCCUGUCGCAGGAGCUCUUUACAGUGCCCUAUCCUCACUUUAUGCCUCGCCGAUUCACAAGCAGGCGUUACCGCUCUCCGCAGGCUGUACCCCCAUCACCCUACCACCCCAGCUUCCUGCCUUACUUCCUCUCGAUGCUUCCCGUUCCCCCAAAUGUGGCCCCCACUAUUAAUCUAGAGCUGGAUGUGGACGACGGAGAGGUGGAGAACUAUGAGGCCCUGUUGAACCUUGCAGAACGUCUAGGAGAGGCCAAGCCCCGCGGUCUAACAAAGGCAGAUAUAGAACAGCUUCCAUCAUACAGGUUCAACUCCAACAACCAUCAAUCUGAGCAAACACUGUGUGUGGUAUGUAUGUGUGACUUCGAGUCUCGCCAGCUCCUAAGGGUCUUGCCCUGUAAUCAUGAGUUCCACGCCAAGUGUGUAGACAAGUGGCUUAAGGCUAACCGGACCUGUCCUAUCUGUCGAGCCGAUGCUUCUGAGGUCCAGCGUGAUUCUGAGUGACCUCAUAUCAACACCCAACAUCUGCAAUCCCUGACUCCCUUUUGGAUGCAUCAACCAAUCAGUGAACUUCUCUCCUUCAAUUAUACACCUCUGCUCAGACAUUCUGCCUCUUUAUACCCCAGGACACUGAACAGUAAUUCUCACCUGGGAUCAGCAACUUUCUACUGACUCAUGCUCACUUUAUUGCUGGACUUCCUCUGCCUUCUGUUUUGGACUAUUACGCCCCUACUACUCUGCCUUCUGCUCUACCAACAAACAUUUAGGGAAAUUGGCUGUCCAAAGACUUUGACUAUUUCAUUGUUAUUAUUUGAGUUAUAAUUAAGCAUUGACAUCUUGGCUAGCAGAAGUUGUUGUUUCUACUAGAUUAUAAUUGCAGUUGAACAGUAUCAGUCAAUUUUAAUUUCUGUGUGUGCAUUCUUGCAUUCCUCGGCAUGAGAGCAUUCUGUAUGGGGUGAAACAAAGUUACUGUACACUGUGUCAAAGAGUGAGCUACGUUGGAACAGUGAAAAAUUAACCUUAUUUUCCUCUAGGUAGGCGUGUGGGUGUGUGUGUGGGUUUCUCCUCCUGUGGUAUUUCUACAGUUCAUGUAGUACAGUGCAUUGACUUCCUUAAUCUGAUUUCUUUUCACUCCACUUCAGAUAGAUUUAGACUCACUGGAAGCCGAGGUUAACGUCAGGCCUUUUUUUCAAAGUUAAAAAUUGAAGUGUAGGUCCAAGAACAUCUUUCAGGGAAGUUGACGAUGCUUUUGUGUCAUGUUCCUUUCUUUUCUAAGCCACACAUCAUUAAGGUGCUCUACAACUUUAUCUCCAUCUCUCCAUGUCUGCCCAUCUGCAUUAGUUUAUAAUAAGUAAAGGCUGAACACUUUUUAUCUUACCUAAAGGAAACCGAUCCGGACUAUUUAUCCUAUUCCACUAGCUCUCCCCUUAAGGCACAUUAUGUGAAUACAUUGGAUCCCACAGAGCUGACAAGGUGGAUGAAAACAUUCUUUUAAAAUGUCACCAAAACAUUCAUACAUGCUCAAUUUACUAGCUUUCUCAGAGGAAUGAAGCCUCUGAAAACAUGCAUCUAUAUCUGUUUCGGUUCCCAAGCAGCUUUCUGUCAGUGCUAGAUAUAGGUGCAAUGAUUUCUCCACCAUUAAGGUCCCAUCACAUGGUGCACUUUGGAUGCUCUUAUAUAUGCCUUAGUGGUCCCUUAAUAUUGUAUCUGAAGUCUCUUUUAUAUAGACCUUAGUGGUCCCCUAAUACUGUAUCU